CGGCGGAGGUGAGAGAGAUGUCGAGGGCCGUCAGGAUCCGCGGCGACGAGCUGGAGACGACGGAGCGGGAAGCGAAGAGGCGAAGCGUGGCAGAGGAGGGGGAGGGGACAGCUCUCCACUCCACAAGCCCUAGAUCUCCGGGCGAGCUAGCUGUUCGGACUUCCCAUCCAGAGAUACACUUGGCGAUCUUCGAGCCCAACAAAGCCCAAUCGGAAGCAAAACAAGAUCGUGUGUACGAUGUGGUCGAGUCCGUGGCGGAGGAAUCCUCCGAUCCACCCAGCCCCCCGAUCUACCAACCCUACAUUCCCGACGAGCUAGUUGAUGAUCUGGACGUACUCGCUGACUUCGAGGACGCCAAGGCCAAGUACGAAGCAGAACGGGAUCGUCGAGCUAACCUCUUCACUAUGGAGCAUCACUGCUAUAAAGCAGCCUCCUCCCUGUUCAAGACCCAUCGCUUGCUUCCUAUUCUUGAACAAGCAAGGGAUGCGACACUUCUUGCUGCUAAAUCUGUGAUUUUGCUCUCAUCAUUUGUCGAGAGUGACCCACUGAACAAGUGUUCUGGUUUAUGGUUUGAAAGGGACGAUCAUAGCAAAACCGCCCUUGUUUUGACAUCCGCUCAGCUCAUUCGUGAAAAGAAAGAACCAAAAAACCCAUUCGAGUGGAAGGUGCAGUGGACAGGCAAUUAUCAUCGUCAGGCUGAGGUCAUUGUUCACUUGCUGGACAACACAGCUGUGCCUGCCCGCCUCCUCUAUCUCCAGGAGCAUUAUGAAUUUGCUAUUUAUAAGGUUCAAGUGGACAAGCCAGUUCAGUUGGCUACUUUUACCGAGUGUGUGCGUUCUGGUCAAGAUGUUUUCAGACUCGGGAGAGAUGAAAGUCUGAAUCUUAGUAUAACUCAUGGUAUGGUGGCUUAUAAGAUUCCAUCCUGGUAUGAGAGAUGUCACUAUAUGUAUUUGUCUUGUGAUCCAUCUAGUCCCUCACUGCUUCGUGAUGAUGGAGGACCCAUCAUUGAUUUAGAAGGGAAAGUUGUGGGUCUAGUUAACAACCAUAUUAAGGAGACAUUCAUACCUUCGUUCUUAUUGCACAAGUGCUUGGAUUUUUGGAGAAGAUUCAAUUGUAUGCCUCGCCUCCAUCUUGGAAUGACGUUUACUUCAAUAAAACAUUUAGAUCCUAGCUGUAUUGAGAGAAUGACUCGUAAUCAUAACAUCGAGUCCGGUCUUAUUGUUGAGCAGGUGUCUAAAGGAUCACAUGCUGAGAAAAUUGGAAUUCGUGAGGGUGAUGUUAUUGAAAGCUUUAAUGGAAAGUACAUUUCUACUACAAUUGAGUUGGAGCAGAUGCUGAUAGACAUAUGCUGGGAUCAUUUUGAUCAACGAAAAGAGUUAUAUGCUGAAAAAGAUGUCUCCGUGAAAAUAUUUGAUGCCAUCAAACAACGCCGGAGAACUAGAAACUUGACUGCAAUUGUAUCGGAUCUUGGAGAAGACAUUGUGGAAGGCACUUACCCUAUCAUGCGAAAAGAAGCCAUGCCAGUCUCGUAAGUUUCUUGAGCUGGGCCUGAGAGAGGUACUUGCCCGCUGCUGGCCUUCAUGGACGAGUCAUUGGCAAAUUCAAGUUCGGCAUAAUCUUGUGUGUGUGUGUUCCCAGACAAAAACUUUAAAUUGUGGGUGCCUUUGGACCGUGGAAGCAGCUUAGCUUAGAGCAUAACCUUGUACUCCCUCCGUCCGCAAAUACUUGUCAUCAAAAUGGAUAAAAAGAGAUGUAUUUAGAACUAAUAUACAUCUAGAUACAUCCCUUUUUAUUUAUUUUGAUGACAAGUAUUUCCGGCCGGAGGGAGUAUGUUACUGGCUACUACCGUACUUAUUUUGUGCCUUAUGAAACUCACAUCCUGUCCCUAUGCAAGUGUAGUUCAGUAAGUAUAUAUGCCAGUGUAAUGUUCAGACUGCAGAAGCAGAAUAACUUAGGGAUUAUUGGCUACUAAUUAUUUUUAGUUUGUGAGACUCA